GUAACUAGAGACAACCAUGUAGGACACACUUCCUGGUCCCCACAGAGCUGACCAAUAACAUUGGGAUUACAUAAAUGAAAGCCAAUGAGCAUUCAUAGAACUUCAGAAUGACUUGACAGGCAGUUACCUUAUCUAGUCAGAUCACUCAAAACACGCCAAAGAAGGAUUGCCUUGUUUGGAUUUUGUUAGGGAUUCUUCCAGCAGGCUAGCUAGCUAACGUUAGCAAGGUAAAGUCCUAGAUACUACCUGGUAAAAUACGGUUUAGCUGCUCUAAAUUAUUGAAGUCGAAGACCACUGUAUCUACAUGAAAAUGAUUGACGAUUUUGAGAGUCAUAAGGCCCGGUCCAGCAGAGAUCUGUGGUCAGAGAUGUGCUGGAGCCUGCCUGACGUGCAGGAGGAAGAUCAAGGCCAAGGAGAGGAUAAUGCUGCUCUGUUCAAAGAUUCAUUCCAACCUUCACAUGUUGGCAGUGACCUACAAUCUAAUGGCACGUCUAUGAGUUUCUCCUCUCACAGCGUCUGGGAACCUAUGGAAGACUCGGAUGUCUACAUUGCUAGUUUAGAGAACCGUCUGAAGAGAAUAAAGGGCCAGUGUACUGAGGUGACGUCCAGGGAGAUGCUGCGCUCCCUAUCUCAGGCCAAAACAGAAUGCUGGGAUAGAUUGUUGCACGACACUCAGAGCUCGGAACUCUUUCAGGAGGACGAGCUAGAUCAGAGUACCCUGGAGCAUCUAAAGCGUUGGCUGGUACCUGAGAAAGUGGCCCUCAGCGCUGAGGAGCUGGAGUGUCUCCUCCUGCCGUCACUGAGCCGAGAGCAGACCUCCACGGACCAAUCACAGAGCGGACCAGAGGCAGCCACUCAGAACCCUAAAGAGGACAAGAGUCCCAUACCUGAGAAAUAGAUACCUGUUCACUGCAGACAUUUUUUAUACGUUAUCAUGUGUUAUUCCUGGACAGAAACAUGAUUGGAUUUCCUGUACUGUCAUUAUUAGGUUAUGUGUAUUUGUCUUUAUUAUUGAGGAGAAUGAAUUCGGUGACAUAUCGUUGCAAAUAUUGGAACGGUCCAGUGUUUGUCAUGUUACUCCUAUCAAAUGUUGUUGAUUUUAUGAUAUGGUUCAAAUAAAAAGCAGUUCAUUGUUGGGGUAAUAUCCUGAAACCACA